AUGGAGCUGUGGAGGCAGCUGAGGCAGGCUGGACUGCUGCCCCCGGGGCUGGGCCCACCCCCUCAGGCCCUGAGAGGCGUCCCCCCAGCAGGGAGAGCUGGCAAGACCCUGGUGUCCCUAGGGGCAGACACUGGAGGUGCCAGGGAAAGUCUGCUGUGGAUCUGGGAGGAGCUGGAGAACCUCCGUAGAGUGGAUGUCCAGCUGUUAGGCCAGCUGUGCAGCCUGGGGCUGGAGAUGGGGGCGCUGCGGGAGGAACUGGUCACCUUUCUGGAGGAGGAGGAGGAGGAGGAGGAGGAGGAAGAUGGGGAUGAAGAGCCCUCUGGGAAGCAGGAGGAAGGACACGUCGGGGCCUCCUGCUCAACUUCCAGCCUAGGCCUCCCGGACUUUGAGAUGACUAUCUGAGGCCUUCUAGGUGUGCUUCCCAUUGGCACAUGAAUGAGAUGCAAAUUUAUGCAAAGA